UACCUAUUUUUAGGCCACGAGCCAAAUAAUUCUCUCCCUUGUGAACAUUGUGGAGGCGCCACUUGUGUUGUUUCUUUUUUUUAUUCCAUCUUCACUUCUGCUCGUUGCUGGAUUACAUGUCACACUGCUGGCUGUUCUGAGUAGGUCUUGAACUAAACGGUACACCCGAAGACCUCACAGGUCCAAAUCUCUGUACUUUUGAAAUCAAAGUUUCGCAUCGACCUUCAGAGACCUUAGAAAUUGAGUUCUUUGUAUCUAUUUAACACACGGUAGACACAGUGAGCUAAAGAAAAUGUCUGGAUUAGACGUGAGCGACCCAGACUUCCAGUACCUGGCUGUAGACAGGAAGAAGUUGAUGAAAGAGCAGAACCAAAACUUUGACGGCAAGAAGUCCUGCUGGGUGCCUGACGCCAAAGAGGGUUUCUUGGCUGCUGAGAUCCAGAGUACAAAGGGUGAAGAGAUCACUGUCAAGAUUCUCAAGAACAAUGAGACCAAGACUUUCAAGAAGGAUGACAUCCAACAGAUGAACCCACCCAAGUUCGAGAAGAUCGAAGACAUGGCAAACAUGACCUACUUGAACGAGGCCUCUGUCUUGCACAACUUGAAAUCACGUUACACCUCGGGUUUGAUCUACACAUACUCCGGCCUGUUUUGCGUGGCCAUCAACCCCUACCGUCGUCUGCCCAUUUACACCCAGAAGAUCAUCAACGUCUACAGAGGCAAAAGGAGGGCUGAGAUGCCCCCUCAUCUCUUCUCCAUCUCUGACAACGCCUACCAGAACAUGUUGCAAGACCGUGAGAACCAGUCUAUGUUGAUUACUGGCGAGUCUGGUGCCGGAAAGACUGAGAACACCAAAAAGGUAAUCAUGUACUUCGCCAACGUCGCCGCUGGUCAGCAAAAGAAAGACGAGGCUAGCGAUGAAGCCAAGAAGGCGGCCGCAGCUGGAGGCGCCCCAGUGAAAAAGCAGGGCACCCUCGAGGAUGCCAUCGUGCAGGCCAACCCUGUACUGGAGGCCUAUGGCAACGCUAAGACAACCCGUAACAACAACUCGUCCCGAUUCGGUAAAUUCAUCCGUAUUCACUUCGGUACCCAAGGCAAAAUCGCUGGUGCUGACAUUGAAACAUAUCUGCUCGAGAAAUCUCGUGUGACCUUCCAGCAGCCAGCCGAGAGAAACUACCACAUCUUCUACCAGCUUCUCACACCAGCCAUCCCAACACUGCACGAGAAACUGCUUGUCAGCCCCGAUCCCGCCCUGUACGCCUUCAUCAACCAAGGAUCCCUUAUUGUCGAUGGUAUUGAUGACUUGGAGGAGAUGAAAAUCACAGAUGACGCUUUUGAUGUUCUGGGCUUCACUCAAGAGGAGAAACAAUCUCUGUACAAGUGCACUGCCGCCAUCAUUCACUUCGGUGAAAUGAAAUUCAAGCAGAGGCCCAGAGAAGAGCAGGCCGAAGCUGACGGCACUGCCGAGGCUGAGAAAGUCGCUUUCCUUCUUGGUAUCAACGCUGGAGAUUUGUUGAAGGGUCUCCUGAAACCAAAGAUCAAGGUCGGAGCUGAGUACGUUACACAAGGACGUAACUUGAAUCAAGUUACCUAUUCCGUGGCUGCCUUGGCCAAAUCUCUGUACGACCGCAUGUUCUUGUGGCUGGUCAAGCGUGUCAACAAGACAUUGGACACCAAAAACAAACGCCAGUUCUUCAUUGGUGUACUGGACAUUGCCGGCUUUGAGAUCUUUGACUUCAACAGCUUCGAGCAGCUCUGCAUCAACUACACCAACGAGCGUCUCCAGCAGUUCUUCAACCAUCACAUGUUCAUUCUAGAGCAGGAAGAAUACAAGAAGGAAUGCAUCGACUGGGAGUUCAUUGACUUCGGUAUGGACUUGCAGGCCGCCAUCGAUCUGAUUGAGAAGCCCAUGGGCAUCUUGUCCAUCCUGGAAGAAGAGUGCAUGUUCCCCAAGGCUGAUGACAAAUCCUUCUUUGAGAAGCUGAACAACAACCACUUGGGCAAGUCCAAGAACUACGGCAAGGCCAGCAAACCCAAGAAGGCUGGUGUCGCCGAGGCUCACUUUGAGCUGCAUCACUACGCCGGAAGUGUGCCCUACAACAUCUGUGGCUGGCUAGAGAAGAACAAGGAUCCACUGAACGAGACUGUGGUUGAGCUGCUUGGUCAGUCCAAGGAGCCACUUGUGUCAAUGCUGUUCGCCCCACCAGAAGGUGCCGGAGAAGAUGGUACCACCACAACAAAAGUAACACAGAGAAAGAAAGGUGGCAGCUUCAUGACUGUGUCCUAUUUGCAUAAGGAAUCCCUGAACAAACUGAUGAAGAAUUUGUACAGCACUCACCCUCACUUCGUGCGUUGUAUCAUCCCCAACGAGUUCAAGCAGCCUGGUGAGAUCGACUCCCACCUGGUUAUGCACCAGCUCCAAUGUAACGGUGUACUGGAAGGCAUCCGUAUCUGCCGUAAAGGUUUCCCCAACAGAAUCAUCUACUCUGAGUUCAAACAACGUUACUCCAUCCUGGCCCCCAACGCCAUUCCACAAGGCUUCGUCGAUGGCAAGAAAGUCACUGAGAACAUUCUCUUGGCCCUCCAGAUGGACCCCGCUGAAUACCGUCUUGGUACAACAAAGGUCUUCUUCAAGGCUGGUGUCCUGGGUACCCUUGAGGACAUGCGUGACGAGCGUCUGUCCAAGAUCAUCUCCAUGUUCCAGGCCAACAUCCGUGGCUACCUGAUGCGCAAAUCUUACAAGAAACUCCAAGACCAGAGAGUCGGCUUGAGUGUGAUCCAGAGAAACAUCCGUAAAUGGCUGGGACUGAAGAACUGGCUCUGGUGGAGACUCUACGUCAAGGUCAAGCCUCUCCUGAACGUCGCCCGCGCUGAGGACGACAUGAAGAAGAAAGAGGAAGAGCUGGAGAAGACCAAGGUCGAGCUGGAGAAGACUGAGAAACUCCGCAAGGAACUUGAGGAACAGAACGUCAGUCUGCUCCAGGCCAAGAACGAUCUGUACAUCCAACUCCAGGCCGAGCAGGACAACUUGAUUGACGCCGAGGAGAAGAUUGAGAAACUCAUCUCCCAGAAGGUCGAGUACGAGCAGCAGAUCAAGGAGAUGGAGGAGAGGCUCUUGGAUGAGGAGGACGCCGCCGCCGAGCUGGAAGAAAAGAAAAAGAAGAUGGAAGCCGAGAACAAAGCUCUUAAGGAGGACAUCGAAGACCUGGAGAACUCUUUGGCUAAGGCCGAACAAGAGAAACAGACCAAAGACAACCAGAUCAAGACACUCCAAGACGAGAUGGCCGCUCAGGACGAACAGAUCAGCAAGUUGAACAAAGAGAAGAAGAACAUGGAGGAAGUGCAGAAGAAGACACUGGCCGACCUCCAGGCUGAGGAGGACAAGGUCAACCACUUGAACAAACUCAAGGCCAAACUGGAACAGACCCUGGACGAGUUGGAAGACAACCUGGAACGUGAGAAGAAGGUCCGCGCUGAUGUGGAGAAAGCCAAGAAGAAGCUGGAACAGGAUCUGAAGAGCACCCAGGAAACUGUCGAAGAUCUGGAGAAGGCCAAGAGAGAAUUGGAAGAAAAUGUCAGGAGGAAGGACAUGGAAAUCAAUGGUCUCAACUCCAAACUCGAAGACGAACAGAACCUUGUUGCUCAACUCCAAAGAAAGAUCAAAGAACUCCAGGCUCGUAUUGAAGAGUUGGAAGAGGAACUUGAAGCAGAACGUCAAGCCAGAGCCAAGGUUGAGAAGCAGCGCACUGAGUUGUCCAGGGAAUUGGAAGAGCUGGGUGAGCGCCUUGACGAGGCUGGUGGUGCAACUGCUGCCCAGGUUGAGCUGAACAAGAAACGCGAACAGGAGCUCCUGAAACUCCGCCGCGACCUUGAGGAGUCCGCCCUCCAGCACGAGGCUCAGAUCUCCACUCUGCGCAAGAAGCAACAGGAUGCCGCCAACGAGCUUGCUGACCAGAUUGACCAGCUCCAGAAAGUCAAGACCAAGAUUGAGAAAGAGAAAUCCCAGUUGAAAUCAGAGGCCGAUGACCUCCGUGCACAACUUGAGCAUGGCAGCAAAAACAAGGGUAUGUCUGAGAAGAUGACCAAACAAGUCGAGGCUCAGAUUUCCGAACUGAACUCCAAACUCGAUGCUGCCAACAGACAGAUCCAGGAGCUCCAGGGCCAGAAGAACCGUGCUGCUCAGGAGAACGCCGACCUGACCAGACAGCUGGAGGAGGCCGAACACAAAGUUGGCGCCCUCACCAAGGAGAGAACCGCCCUGGCCACACAGCUCGAGGAGACCAAGAGGCAACUCGAGGAUGAGACUCGCGCUCGCCAGAAACUCGCCUCUGAGUUGCGCAACUUGCAAGCCGACCUUGAUGCCCUUCGCGAACAAUUAGAGGAAGAGCAGGAAGGCAGAGCAGACCUCCAGAGACAACUCAGCAAGGCCAACAACGAGGCUCAAUUGUGGAGAUCCAAAUUCGAGUCUGAAGGCACAUCUAAAUCUGAGGAAUUGGAAGAGGCCAGACGCAAACUCCAGGCCAAACUUAACGAUGCUGAACAAGCUGCUGAAGCUGCAAACCUCAAAGUGGCUGCUUUGGAGAAGGCCAAGAACAGACUUCAGGGAGAACUUGAGGAUCUUAUGAUCGACGUUGAAAGAUCUAACGCCAACGCCAACAACCUUGAGAAGAAACAGCGCGGUUUCGACAAGACAAUCGCCGAAUGGCAAGCCAAGGCCAACGACCUCCAAGCCGAACUCGAGAAUGCCCAGAAAGAGGCCAGAGGAUACUCUGCUGAGCUCUUCAGACUCAAGGCUCAACUUGAGGAAGCUCACGACCAGACUGAAGCCCUCCGCCGUGAAAACAAGAACCUCGCCGAUGAGAUCCACGACUUGACUGAUCAACUUGGAGAGGGAGGCCGCAGCACACACGAAAUCGAGAAAUCUCGCAAACGUCUUGAGCUUGAGAAAGAAGAGCUCCAAGCCGCCUUGGAGGAAGCCGAAUCCGCCCUUGAGCAGGAAGAGGCCAAGGUCAUGCGUGCACAGCUCGAGAUUGCAUCCGUCAGAACAGAGAUCGACCGCCGCAUUCAGGAUAAGGAAGAAGAGUUCGAGAACACACGCCGCAACCACCAACGUGCCAUGGAUUCCAUGCAAGCCAGCUUGGAGGCUGAGGCCAAGGGUAAAGCCGAGGCUCUCCGCAUCAAGAAGAAACUUGAACAAGACAUCAACGAACUCGAGGUUGCCCUUGACCAGGCCAAUCGCGGAAAAGCUGAAUUCGAGAAGAACGUCAAGAAAUACCAACAGACGAUCAAGGAGAUGCAAACACAAAUUGAAGAUGAACAGAGACAGAGAGAGGAGGCCCGUGAAGCAUACAAUGCUGCAGAACGUCGUGCUACCAUUCUUACCGGAGAAAUUGAAGAGCUCAGAAGCGCCCUUGAACAGGCUGAGAGAGCCCGCAAGGGAGCCGAGAAUGAGCUCAACGAUGCCAACGACCGUGUUAACGAACUGUCUGCCCAGAACAGUUCCAUCCAGGGACAGAAGAGGAAGUUGGAAGGAGACAUCCAGGCCAUGCAGACCGACCUUGAUGAACUCAGUAACGAGCUCCGUGCCUCAGAGGAGCGCGCCAAGAAAGCCAUGGCUGAUGCUGCCAGACUUGCAGAUGAACUCCGACAGGAACAAGAGCACAGUUUGCAAGUCGAGAAAUUGAGGAAAGGUCUUGAAGGUACCCUUAAAGAUCUGCAAGUACGUCUUGAUGAGGCUGAAGCCCAGGCACUCAAGGGAGGCAAGAAGAUGAUCCAGAAACUUGAACAGAGAGUCAGGGAACUCGAGACAGAGCUGGACAACGAACAACGCCGUCACGCUGAGACCCAGAAGAACAUGCGCAAAGCUGACCGUCGCCUUAAAGAACUCGCCUUCCAGUCUGACGAAGACCGCAAAAACCAGGAACGUCUCCAGGAUCUGGUCGACAAACUGCAGAACAAGAUCAAGACCUACAAGAGACAAGUUGAAGAAGCUGAGGAGAUUGCUGCCAUUAACUUGGCCAAAUACCGCAAAGUGCAGACAGAACUUGAGGACGCCGAGGAGAGAGCUGACUCUGCUGAGGGUUCAUUGUCCAAACUAAGAGCGAAGAACAGGAGCUCUGUGUCUGUUUCACGCACCAGUGCAUCACCAGGGUUCGCAGGUCCCAGCUCCGCCAGCAGAGGGCUAAGCACAGAUCGCACCGCACGUGCGCCAUCUCAAUCCUAAACUUUUCUCCUUAGCUUUAUUGCAAAUUUGUUUGUGCGAGUCUCCACUACUUUAUCAACUUACAUGAAACCUUCAACUUUCAAAAACCUUCAACACCAUUCGUUUACUGAGGCACAUCACUCGAGAGCGCCGGGCUGGAUCAAGUCGGAAAUGACGUGAUACUCGUCAAGAUGGCGGAACAUCCGGGCGAGCAUCCCAGCAUCCUCACUGACCCAGCUGUCAUGGCUGCUUUUUCUUUUUUUUUUUUUUUUCAAAUUUCAUUUUUAUUCGUUUGUCUGUUGUUUUUUUUUUUCUCUAUGCAAUCUUAACCAUUCAUCUUUCUCUUGUUGUCAAGAUAUUGUAAAAUAAUAGUAAUUAAAAAAAAACAAACCCCGACAAACUCAGAAACCGCCCCUUUUGUGCCAAGGGAGGUAAUUGUGUAUAGAAGAUAAACCAAGUAUCAAAUGAUAAGAACUCUUUUAUUAUGAAUGGAUGGACAAUGGAUUUAUUUUAAUAUUGUGAAUAUAUUUUAUUUCUUUAUUUAUAUGACAAAUGUUUUUAAAUAAACUAUUUAGUUUGCAACGAACUGUUUUGUUUUUUGGCUGUGUGUUGAGUAUUAGAAGAUAAAUACCUUUUUUUUUUCCCGUUCAUAAUUGUCUUCGUUUGUUUGCGUUAUAUUUCUCUUUUGUAAAGUACUAUAUAUAUAUAUACAAAACAUAAAGACGGUGUCUGGCCUAUAUACCAAGCAUAAUGUUAUGAUAUAUGGGUCAGUUAUUUUUUGUUUGAUCAAUUUUUGUUUUAAAGAAUCUCCCUUUAUAAUUGUAUGCACAGACCCAGGCGUGACUUAGUAUUUCAUUUCUUCAUCCUAGACUUAGUGUUGUAGAUAUGUAAUUGGUUAGGAAAACAAAUAUGGCUGCCAUGUAACUUCUGCUGCGACAUACUUCCGGUUACAAUGUAAAUUAUCCCAGUGAGCUUUGCUUUCAAGACAUUUGAAUACAAAAUAACAAGCAGACAUGGCUUUGCUUUAUUAUAUAUUCAUAGAUAUAUAUAUAUAUGUAUUGACAUCAUAAGUUAUACAGAUGUUAAAAAAAUAUAUGCUCGGACGUUGGCUAGUUUGAAAUAACGAAUAUAAAAUGACCACUCAUAUAAGACCUGUAACUACUAAUACGUAAUAUAGUGUGCUGGCUUUGAUUUGUAUUGUUAUAAAUGUAAACGAAUGCUUGCUCAAAGUUCACUGCGACCUAUUUAUACCAUUUCGGCACUUGCCACAGAAGCCUUAUGUUAAGUAUGAAGAAGCAGACAUAGCUAGUCCACCAAUCAGAUUCAGAGAAAAGUUUUGACCUUUCGUUUCUUUAUGACUUUAAAAAAAAAAAUUAUAUUUAUGUACGUCACUGUGUAUGCUGACAGGCGUUAGACCUGAACCAGUUUAUUUAUUGAAUAAACACGAUGAAUGCUA